AUGGAGAGCUUGGGGUUGCAGGCGGUGACGCUCAGUGAUGGGACGACAACCUACAUCCAGCAAACCAUCAAAGGAGAGAAGCUACUUGAAGGACAAGUGAUCCAGCUUGAAGAUGGAACCACUGCAUACAUUCACCAAGUGACAGUACAGAAAGAAUCUCUCUCCUUUGAAGAUGGACAGCCUGUGCAGCUGGAAGAUGGCACCAUGGCCUACAUUCACCGCCCUGUGGCUGUACCAUCGGACAGCACCAUCCUGGCCAUGCAGGCAGAGGUGGGCUUAGAGGACCUGGGCACAGAGGAUGAUGAGGGCUUCAGUGCAGACACGGUGGUGGCCCUGGAGCAAUAUGCCAGCAAGGUUCUGCACGAUGGCCAGGCUCCUCAAAAUGGCAAAGGACAGCAGGUUGGGGACAGAGCGUUCCGCUGUGGCUACAAGGGCUGUGGACGUCUCUACACCACUGCUCAUCAAUUAAAGGUGCAUGAACGAGCUCAUACGGGUGACCGCCCGUACAGGUGUGACUUCCCCAGCUGCGGGAAGGCCUUUGCUACAGGCUAUGGACUGAAGAGCCACGUGCAUACCCACACUGGUGAGAAGCCAUGCAAGUGCCCAGAGGUGCUGUGCAGCAAGGCCUUCAAGACCUCAGGAGACCUAAAGAAGCACGUCCGCACCCACACCGGUGAACGCCCAUUCCGGUGUCCUUUUGAGGGCUGUGGCCGCUCCUUCACCACCUCUAAUAUCCGCAAGGUACAUGUGCGUACCCACACGGGGGAGCGCCCCUACACCUGCCCUGAGCCCCAUUCUCGAAAGCACACAGGUUUAUGCUACUAUACUCCCGCAGUCCGGAGGCUGUCCCGGGGCUCAGAGGGAAAAUAUCAGGUGUCCACAAGACAGAGUGACUCCUCCUACAGCCCGUACAACUGA